UCUCGUCAGUUGUCCUGUAGUUAGUCGAGGACCUUGGAUGUGUUUGUGAAGUUACACUGAGCCUUACGUUUGCUUCUGUGCAGCACAGUCUAACUAUGCCCACAACGGAGAUCCCCAAUCUGCAGGAGCUGAGCGUGGACGAGAUAAAUGUGUCCUCCGCAGUGCUAAAGGCUGCUGCCCAUCAUUAUGGCUCUCAGUGUGAUAAACCCAACAAGGAGUUCAUGCUCUGCCGCUGGGAAGAGAAAGAUCCCAGAAGAUGUCUGGAAGAAGGGAGGAAGGUCAACGAGUGUGCACUUAACUUCUUCAGGCAAAUCAAGGGAAAUUGUGCCGAGUCUUUCACUGAGUACUGGACCUGUUUGGACUAUUCCAAUCUGCAAGAGCUGCGUCGCUGCCGGAACCAGCAGGAAGCCUUCGACGGCUGUGUCCUUGAUAAGCUUGGCUGGAAGAGACCUGACCUGGGAGACCUGUCCAAGGUGACCAAGGUGGAAACUACACGGCCCAUCCCGGAAAAUCCGUACCACUCUCGGCCACGCCCCGAGCCGAACCCGGUUAUUGAUGGAAAACUGGAGCCUGCCAAACAUGGCAGCAGGCUGUUCUUCUGGAGCUGGUGAUGCAGAGGUCCAAACCAACCAACUCAGUCCACCAAGCCAUGAGCCCUGUCCAGAAACAACCACACGUCACAGAAGAUAAAGAUAAAUAUUUGUCAUAGAUAUGUUUGCUUGCACCUGUGGUACUGUAAAAAGUUCAAUAUCUUAAAUUAAUUGCCGUGAUGCAGCAUAACCGCUGCAGCUCCACUUCACUCUUUACAUAGGAAUGGCUGGGUUUAUCAUGCUACCCAGUUGUGUUUGUAAAGUCUAAGGCUUAGUAUUUGGACAGGGUCCAUGCCCAGUGGGCUCAACAUCCACUGUACACCCAGUGUGAUGAAACCUCUCAAUAUAGUGAAAAAGAUUCUGUGGGAGACAAAUGACCCCCGACAGCCCUAUGGAUACCUUAUGUAAAUUAUAUUGAGUGAACAGAUGCUACAUACUGUGUUAUGGUUGUUGUCAAAUAAUAAAACAGUUCUUGUUUUAA